GAUUGUCUAUCGUCUGCUUCGUUAUUUUUUCUUUGAAAAAAAAAAAAAUAUGAAAAAGUUCACGUUAUUCUUUAUAACAUUAUUAUAUUUAUUUCAAAUUAUAAAUGCCCAGUUAAAUCCUAGUUUACGUAAAUUAUUUAGUGCAGUUCUCGUGGGAGAAAAACUUUACAUUUAUGGUGGUUUUAUGGAUAACGAAAAUGCAAAUGCUCAAAAAACUCCAGAUUAUAGAUUUUUUUAUCUUGAUGCAUCAAUUUCAUUUGAUACUUCAAACUUGCCAUGGAGAGCGAUACCAGAUAAUGUAAAAAAUUUACCUUUAGGAUCAUUGUCAUCAGUAGCUACCGGAGGUGUGGCAGCAAGUAAUGGAGGUGCAAAUAAUGAUUCAAUAUUUUUUUUUAAUAAUGAAGUUGCAAAAUCGGUCUCUCCAGUUCUCUCUUACAAUUCAUUAGAUAAUGUAUGGAAUACACAAAAUUUAUCUGGAGUUAAACCUAUUGGUAGAAACCAAAUGAGAGCUAUUACCGAUAAUAAAGGAAAAGUAUAUUUGCUUACUGGGUUUGAUUUUACCGUUCAAGGAGUAAAACGUACUGAUGGAUUAUUUGUUUGCGAUACGAUAAAUUUAAACUGCGUAAUAAAAGAUGCUCCUUUGUCUAGACUUGGUUAUGGUGUUACUUUAUUACCAAAUGGAAAUUUAGUUUACAUAGGCGGAGGGAAUAGAAAUUAUAUUCCUAUUUCAGAUGGUUUUAAAGUGAUAUAUUUAUACGAUCCAAUUAAUGAUAAAUGGGAUUCAAAAGUUACUACUGGAAACAUCCCACCUGCAGAUGUUGGUAUAACAACAGUACUUGGAUUAAGUGGGGAUAAAAUAAUUCUUUUUGGAGGUAAUAAUGGGGAUAAUAAUAAUUUAUAUGUAUUAGAUACUACAAACUAUGAAUGGUAUGUACCACAAGCUAGAGGAAAAGGUCCUGUAUUUAAACGCGGCGAACAUUGUGCUAAUGUGAUUGGAAAAUACAUGGUUGUUACAUUUGGUUCCAAUGGUGUUCUUCAAUCUAAAUAUAGAUCAAGUGGUGAAAGUGAUGUACUGUUGCUUGAUAUUAGUAAUGAUUCAGAAUAUAUUUGGAAGACUUCUUUUGAUCCUACUCCAUUAACAAUUAACUCUACACCAUCAAAUUCCAAACCAAAAGCAAAUAAUAUAGGUGUUAUAGUAGGGCUAACAAUUGGAAUAAUAGUACUUAUUAGUAUUUUAUCAAUAAGUACUUUAUUUUUUAUAAGAAAAUAUAAAAUUUAUAAAAAUUCAAAACCUAUACCUACCCCUGGUAAUGUUCUUAAUAAUGAAGAAAUAAUGUCAAUUCCUAGUGAUUAUGAACUAUCACAUAAAAAAUUUGAAACAUUGAGAUAAAAAUAAAUUAUUUUUCUUUUUCUUUUUUCUUUUUACAAUUUAUCAUACCAUAAAUUUAUUGUUAUUUAAAAAAUAAAUUUUAUUAUGUAAUAUAUUACAUUUAAAUAGUAUAGUAGAUAUAUUUAAAUAGUAUAGUAGAUCAUAUUUUAAUUUAUUAUUCAAAUAGUAUAAUAAAUUAUAAAUUU